AUGUCCAGUGCUCCUUUCUAUGAAUUAUACCGUCGUUCAAGUAUCGGCAUGGCUUUAACCGAUUCUUUAGACGAGUUGAUUCAAAGUGGACACAUCAAUCCUCAAUUAGCUAUGCGUGUUUUGAUGACUUUUGAUAGAAGUAUUUCAGAAGCACUUUCACAGCUUGUUAGGAAUAAAGCCAACAUUAAGGGACACUUGCAUACAUAUCGUUUCUGUGAUGAAGUCUGGACGUUCAUAAUUGAAAAUCCUAAUUUUAAAUUCGAUCAAGAUACAAUUUCAGCAGACAAAGUCAAAAUUGUUGCUUGUAACGCCAAAAGACCUGGUGAACAAUAA